AUGGUCUUCCCGCAAUCCCCAGCCAUCGACAGCUCGCGCUGGCAUCAACGAAUCGCGUCAAUCACCACGACAUCCAACGAACAGAUACGCCUAAACUACAUCGAAUGCCCACCCACAUCUUCUUCAAAAACGAAAGGCGUCAUACUCCUCAUCCACGGCUUCCCACAGACAUCAUACCAGUUCCGGCAUGUCAUCACGCCGCUAUCAGAUGCCGGCUAUCGCGUCAUCGCGCCCGACUACCGUGGCGCCGGACAAUCCUCAAAACCCCUAACGGGCUACCAAAAGACGCAGAUGGCGGAGGACCUGCACAUCUUGGUUCAAGAACACUUUGGAAUCAAAGAGAAGAUCAAUGUUGUGGGACACGACAUCGGUGGCAUGAUUGCGUUUGCGUAUGCAUCGCGCUGUCCCGAUGAUGUAGCUAGCGUCAUUUGGGGUGAAUGUCCGCUACCCGGUACUUCGUGCUACGAGGAUGUCAAAGGCACUCCCGACGUUUUCCACUUUGUUUUCCACCAAGUGCCGGAUCUCCCAGAAUUCCUGAUCGCGGGCAAAGAGCGGGAGUAUCUCAAGCACUUCUUCGAUAAGAUUUCGUAUAACAGUGCGGCUAUUUCGCCUGCUGAUCUCGAGCAUUACGCGCUUGCGUACUCGCAACCUGGCGCUAUCAGAGCGGGACUGGAGGUCUAUCGUGCGUUUGAGAAGGAUGCGGAGGAGAAUAGGCAAUGGGUUGCUGAACAUGGGAAGGUUAAGGUGCCGUCGAUGCUUAUGAAUGGGGAAAAGUUCAUGCUGGCGCAGUCUGCGGAUGGUAUGGCGAACGAGUAUCAUGAAGGCGCGGAGAUGGUGACGAUCGAGGAGGCGGCGCAUUAUAUUGCCGAAGAGAAUCCUGAGGCAUUUGUGAAGGGUGUGCUGGAGUUUAUUGCUAGAUACUGA